AUGGCGCUGCUCCAAAGCACAGACAAGGCUUCUCAUACUGGACUCCGAAAUGCCUGCUUGCCUGGCGUGACUAAUCUAUCUGACUACAAAGAAUUCGGUGGCCGUGGUGGCCGUGGUGGCAAUCCGGGCACCCAGCUUGUCAGCGGCCAUGAUCCUUUUUGGCCAGAUGUCCCAGACGCCGCCCACAGCCGCUCAGAUCCUUGCUGUACGAGGAGUGGAGCGGUGAAUGCAUUCAGUCCUCAGGCUAUCGGGGCCAUCAGCCCUUCGGUUAACCUGGCUGGAGCGGGCUGGUGGCUUCAGGCCAAGGCCUACAAGUUAUAUUGA